AUGUCAUUAAAAGCGAAAUUGAAUGAUCAAAUCGAUGCGUUAAAUAAAGCAAAUACACCUACUAGAGCGCAAAGCGAACCGCGACAGUUUCAAGUUGAAGUGCAAACCACCGAUGCGACGGGCAACGUGCCAAAUACUUGGGGUACGUUUAAUGGCGAGUAUUCCAAAUGGCAUUCAUUCCGAGACCGAUGGUUGACAUUGCAUGAAAACAAAAAGGUGAAAACAAUCGUAAAAUUCACCAAUCUCCAGACUGCAUGUAUCGGAAAAGCAGCCGGUGCACUUGGAGAAUGGGAUUUGACGGAAGCGAAUUAUGAAAAAGCGUGGGAACGAUUGAAUUGCAUUUAUGAGGACGACUAUAUGCAAGUACAGUCUUUUAUGCAAGAGUUAUUCAAAUUGCCACAAAUGCGUGCUUCGUCAAGUCAGUCAAUUCGUGAUGUGAUUGACAUAGUUCAUAAACACAUUCACGGCUUAAAGCGUUAUAUUAAGAUGGAUAGUUCCAACCCAUACGUCGUCUUUAAAGUCAUAGAAUGCAUGGACUCAGAGACGUACCGUGCUUGGGAAAAGUUCAGACCAUCACUGGCAAAAGCAAACAAAGCGAACGAAGCGAAUGCUGAUGACGGUGAAAAUGCAAAUCAGUAUAAAACAGGGAAGUACAUCCAGACGUGGAAAGAGAUGGAAGAAUUCUUGGAAGGUGAAGUCACAAUUCGUGUGCAUGCCGAAAAAAGAAAUGCGUCCACCCAAGAGAAUUCCAAAUCAUCCACUUCCAAGCGUGCAAAGCGAUUCGAUAGGAAAAACGGUUCGGAAAAAAGCAAUCUGCCCGAAUUUCUACAAUGCGUUUUGUGUAACAACACACAUCCAAUCUACAAAUGCGAGAGUUUCAAAGCGAUGAGUUUAGUGGGUCGAAAGAAUCACAUUGCUCAAUACGAUUUAUGCGAACGCUGUUUACGCAAAAAACACAGCGGAAAAUGCGAAAAGAAAAUGAAUAAUCAAGAAUGCCCGAGAUGCAAACCGGCAAUUCGAUUUCAUAACAGUGCAAUCUGCCCCAGUGUGGAAUUGUCUGCACAAACUGCGUUGUUGAUGCGAGAAAAUUCGAAAGGUUCAAAGCGUAAAAAUCAGAAAAAUCAAGGCCAUAAAAAUGCGAAGAAAAUGCGUGGCAACGAUAAUUCAUACGACCAUUCGACCAAUAAGCAAUUGGGUUCAAGCGUCAACAAAGUGGGUAGCUGGACACUGGUUGGAAAUCAAAGCAAUGCGAUCAAGCAGACAAAAAACAGAAGCGUUGGUAAGUCUGAAUACACAGUGGUUUUGGCUACUGUUAAUAUGCGUAUGCAAACCAAAAAUGAUUGUCCUGUUCAUUGCAGAGCAAUAGCCGACAUUGGUGCGAUGCUGCCAUGCGUUACAAAGCAGUACGUUGAAGAAAAUGCACUUCAAACGACAAAGUGUCAACGAGUCAUUUUAGGCGUAAGCGGUCCUGAAAUCAUUAAGCGAAAAAUCAAAGCAAUUAUCUGGCCGUGGUUCGAAAGUCAAACAGCACUAGAAGCAGAAUUUUAUCUGCUGAAUAGCUUAGACGGUGUGUAUCCACAGGCACAAAUUGAAGCGUCCAAAGAAGAAAUUAUGCAUUUGAUACUCGCUGAUGAAGACUUUGACACACCCAAAGAAAUUAAUGCGUUGUUGAGUGCAGACAUUUAUGCGGCAAUCGUUGGCGAUGAUUUGUAUAGGCAUAAAAGCGGUGCGAUAAUGCAAUCGACGUCGUUUGGACAUAUUAUUUUAGGCAAGUUCGAAGUUAAAAAACAAUUCUUGGGUAAUUUGCGAGCUUUGAACAUUGUAAUGAAUAAAAAUUCAGAAUGCGAUAAUGUUGAAGAAAUGCUAAGCAAAUUCUGGGAAAUUGAAAAUAUAAAUUGCAAAGAAAAUAAAGCGUCUUUAACUGAAGAACAACAAGCGGUCGAAGAUUUAUUUGUGAAAACGCAUUACAGAGAUAAAUCAGGCAGAUACGUAGUGAGAAUCCCAAUCAAGCCAGGAUGCGAUGGCUUAGGUGAGUCUAGAGGCAUGGCAUUGAAGCAAUUCAUGCAACUCGAACGGAAAUUCGAAAAAAAUGCGGAAUAUAAGCAAAAAUAUAUAGAUUAUAUUGAAGAGUUUUUGAAGCUUGGUUACAUGCGUUUGGCAGGCAAGUGUCGUGAUCGUAAGUUCUUAUACUACAUUCCACACCAUGCGGUGGAGAAAAAAUUCCGUGUAGUAGUCAAUGCGUCAGCAAAAACGAAGUCAGGCGAGUCGCUCAAUUCGAUUCAAAUGACGGGAGCUAAGUUGCAAUAUGAUGCGCAGUUGCAAAUAAUGCGUUUCCGUCGAUUUAGAAUUGGAGUGACAACUGAUAUUGUUAAAAUGUUCAAUAAAAUUGGUCUACACCAAGACCAAUGGGAUUUGCAACGCAUUUUAUGGCGUAAAUCUCCCAACGAACCAAUGAAAGAAUAUGUGAUCACUGUAGUAAUGUUUGGGCUGGCUUCUUCGGCCUAUAAUGCAGUACGUACACUAAAUCAAUGCGCCAAAGACCAAGAAAUUCUCUUCCCUAAAGCGGCAGAAGUAAUUCUGAAGUGUUUUUACAUGGAUGACGGUACAUUUGGUGCUGAUUCAGUUGAAGAGGCACAAGUGCUGUCGAAAGAAGUAGAGUUUGUACUGCAACAAGGCGGUUUUAAUGUCAAAGGCUGGACAUCAAACUCAAAAGCGGUUGAAGCGUACAUGAAUGCAAGCAGCAUUGACAUGAAAGUAAUGGGCGAAGACGAUGAAUCCAAAAUUUUAGGUUUGUGUUGGCUAAAAACAUCAGAUGAGUUGGCUGUCUUUGUAAGACAACUAGACACUCACUGCAAAAUGACUAAGCGUAAAGUUUUAAGCGAAAUAGCCAGAUUGCACGAUCCAAACGGGUUUGUCGCACCCAUUGUUGUGAAAGCGAAAAUAUUAAUGAAAGAAAUUUGGAAAAUAGGCAGAUCCAAAGAGAAGCAAGUAAAAAGCGUUAUAAAUAAUAAGCAAAAGCAAUUGAGAUGGGACGAUGAAGUGCCAGAAAAGAUAAAAAGCGAAUGGCUUCAAUAUCGUUCUGAUUUACCACUAUUAAGCAAUUUUAGAGUAAAGCGUUGGCUAAAAUCAAACAGCAAGAGCAAAAUACAGAUUCAUGCGUUCUGUGAUGCUUGUGAUGAUGCGUAUGGUGGAACAAUUUACACCAGAGUGAUCGACGAAGAGGGAUGCAUUCACACUUCGCUCUUGUCAUCGAAGUCUCGAGUCGCUCCAUUGGAUAAAUUGACCACUCCAAGGUUGGAGUUGUUGGCAGCCGUGACAAUAAGCGAACACUUAGAAGCAGUAAUUGAAGCAUGCGAGUUUCAAGAUGCGGAUAUCACGCUAUGGUCUGAUUCGAUGAUAGUGUUGCAUUGGCUUGCAAAACAACCCGACGAAUUGAAAGCGUUUGUUUCGAAUAGAGUCAAGCUCAUUCAAGACAGAACCAAGCAUUACAGAUGGAAACAUGUGAUUUCAAGCGAUAAUCCAGCUGACUUAGUCAGUAGAGGAAUGAAAAUGCACGAUUUCCUCAAAAGCAAGCUCUGGCUGGAAGGCCCAAGUUGGUUAAAACUUGAAGAAGCAAAAUGGCCAAAGCCAAAACUGGAAGUCUCACCAGAUGCGAUAAAUGAGAUAACAAAAGAAUGCAAAGCGAAAGUAAAUGCGAUACAAGUGGUAAACAUAAGCUCAAGCAUAAACGGAACUCUUUUGUAUGGUAAAUUCCAAGACUGGAAUAAAAUAGUGAACGUCACUGCUUACGCGUUGAGAUUCAUACAAAGAGCAAAGAAAAUCCAAGGAGAUUGGAUAGACAGAUAUUUGACGGCUGGUGAGAGAUGCAAUGCGAUAAAGUUUUGGGUAAAAUUUGAACAAAGCAAAGCGUACAAAAAGAAAUUGAAUGCGUUAAAGCGGGUGAUAAGCUAG